GUCCUCAAGCUCUACACAACAAUAUCCAAAGCCCCACACAGCAGAACAUUCUCAUUCCGGAAACAAAUAAUCCAUGACCUUCAUCGACCGGAAACCAAUGUUUAUAUAAAUACCAACCAAACCUAUACCUCAUGGCUCCAGCACCAAUCCCCAUACCCCUCUUCGCCCAAACCCAGCAACAGCUCCUCCUCCAAGAGCACGAAGCCGAAGUCUCGUCCUCCACGCUCGCGAGCACCGCCGCAUCCGUCUCACCCUCGACUAGACGAACCCUCCAAGCAACAGGCUAUGCGCUAACGGGGAUCGUCCUCUCGCAAUGCCGGACCGGCCUCGGCGGCCGCGUCGUGGGCGAGUUCGGCGCCGAUUCGGCCGUUUCCGCGAAGAAUACAGACAGCGAUGGGAAGGACGGGGAACCUCAGUUCGGGGCGCAUGGGAUUCGCGUGGGCGAUGUGGUCCGGGUGAAUGAGAUCGGGAGCUCUUCAAAAAAGGUGGGUAAGGACAAAGCCAGCAAGGAUGGGAAGUCGGCGGGUGCAGGGCCACCCAAGGGACCGGAGGGCGUUGUUACUCGGGUUGGGGAGCGGAGCAUCUCGGUUGCGUUUGGUCAACGGGGCGGCGGAGGACGAUCCAAGGAAGAUGACGAGGCGAUCGAGGAGCUAUGGGGGAAGAAGCUCUGGCUGAUAAAGCUCGCGAACGAUGUGACGUAUCGACGGAUGAACCAGACGAUGGAAAAGAUGGGGAAGAUGACCGAGUCCGAUCACACACAUUUUAUGCGGGUUGCGUUUGGACAUACGACGCCGCUGCUGCCGGAUUAUGAGGCUGUGGGCGCGGUUGAAUUUAACGACCCGACGUUGAACGACUCACAGAAGGAGGCUAUUCGGUUUGCGCUGGCAUCGCGCGAUAUUGCGCUCAUUCAUGGUCCGCCGGGUACGGGGAAGACGCAUACCUUGAUUGAGCUUAUCCUGCAAAUGGUGCAGCGGAAAUUACGGGUGCUUGUUUGUGGACCGUCGAAUAUCUCGGUGGAUAAUAUUGUCGAGAGACUCGCGCCGAAGAAAGUGCCCGUUGUGCGUAUUGGCCAUCCGGCGCGUUUGUUGCCCUCUGUGUUGGAGCAUUCUUUGGAGGUUCUGACGCAUACGUCGGAGGCUGCUUCUAUUGUGAGGGAUGUGAGGAAGGAGAUUGAUGAGAAGCAAGCUAGUAUUCGGAAGACUAGGUUUGGGAGGGAGAAGCGGGCUAUCUACCAGGAUUUGAAAGAGUUACGUCGGGAAUUCAGGGAGCGGGAGUCUAAAUGCGUGGAUAAUCUGGUUAGAGAGAGCAACGUGGUUCUUGCGACUCUACACGGAGCAGGUGGCCAUCAGCUGAAGAAUCAGAAAUUUGACGUUGUGAUCAUUGACGAGGCCAGUCAAGCUUUGGAGGCGCAAUGCUGGAUUUCGCUGCUGUCUGCAUCUAAGGUUGUUCUGGCUGGUGAUCAUCUACAACUGCCUCCAACUGUUAAGUCCACUGUUCAGAAGUCCAAAGAUGCAAAGACCGGGAAGGCGGACACUGCCAACGAUAGUGACCAGGGAAGUCUUGGUAAAAUGUCUCUUGAAACUACCAUGUUCGAUCGACUGCUUUCGAUCCAUGGUGAAGGUAUCAAGAGAAUGCUAACGACACAGUAUCGAAUGCACGAAUCAAUCAUGCGGUUUCCGUCAGAUGAGCUAUACGAGUCUAAACUGAUGGCUGGCGAGGCGGUCAAAGCUCGUCUUCUAAAAGACCUACCGUACGAGGUCGAUGAGACCGACGAUACAAAAGAGCCGUUAGUGUUCUGGGACACCCAGGGAGGCGACUUUCCUGAGAAGACUGAAGAUAAGGAGGUCGGGCAGAAGGAGGCCCUUCUUGGUGAGAGUAAGAGCAAUGAAAUGGAGGCCAUGGUUGUUGCGAGGCACGUAGACAACCUGGUACAGUCCGGGUUGAAACCGGAGGACAUCGCUGUCAUCACCCCUUAUAACGGCCAGCUGGCUAUCUUGUCGCAGAUGCUGCGGGAAAAGUAUCCGGGUAUCGAGUUGGGCAGUGUGGAUGGAUUCCAAGGUCGCGAGAAAGAGGCCGUUGUCGUCAGCCUGGUGCGAAGUAACAGCGAGAAUGAAGUUGGUUUCUUGGGAGAGAAGCGACGCCUGAACGUUGCUAUGACACGCCCCAAACGGCAUCUCUGCGUCUGCGGUGAUUCAGAGACCAUCAGCAAAGGAAGCGGGUUCCUCAAGCGGUGGAUGGCAUUCUUGGAAGAGAACGCCGACUUGCGCUACCCAGAUGCUGGGGAACUACUCUGAGACAAUCUGCUCCAAACCUCAGUUUCGUCUAUACUCCAACACACUAUAUCCCUCAACUGUGGAGAGGGCGACUAGCAGGGUUACCCAACAGAGUUCGACACGAUGCAAAUCCCUGGAGGAUGUUCACACUCAAUCGGGUCUACGCCACGACCUUGGAGGUGCGGAAAUUGCGAGCAGCGUCGCUACCAUUAUCGCUGCCAUUAUGGCGCCCCACCCUACGUUACAUCAACUCCUUUGUUGAUGAUAAUGGGAAGGUAAACCCCGUAAGACACGUCCGUGUGAGUUUCUGCAGCAAUUCAUGGAAGGGACUAAGCCCACUGGACUUUCCCUUAUGUGGUUACGCCAAAGGAACGAUUUCAAAUCCGCCAGCAUCCUCUGAAAGCCCUUGUUCUGUGGGAAUGCGUCGGAAACAUUAUCCACCCAUAUUCACAAGUCAAUACAGAAGCACGAGCAGGCCAUAUUGAACGAGUUGAAGGAUGUCACGUGUCCAUACCAAUUCUGAGAGAUUCUUCCCAGGAACGUGAUCGGAGAAAAUAGAAUAUAGAUGCACGAUAUGUCAUGGGUAGAGCCGGAGAAGCAUAUAACAAUCC